GAUGUGGAAACCAGAUGUUUCAGUCACAUUUCAGCCGCUGCUCUGAGAAUUUAUUGUAAGCAGCCCCUAACAGGCUGUUACUUCACUACAACUAAAGAUAUGAUCAUCUUAAUUUACUUAUUUCUCUUGCUAUGGGAAGAGGCUCAAGGAUGGGGAUUCAAGGAUGGAAUUUUUCAUAACUCCAUAUGGCUUGAACGGGCAGCAGGUGUGUACCACAGAGAAGCACGUUCUGGGAAGUACAAGCUUACCUACGCAGAAGCUAAGGCGGUGUGUGAAUUUGAAGGUGGCCGUCUUGCAACUUACAAGCAGCUAGAGGCAGCCAGAAAAAUUGGAUUUCAUGUCUGUGCUGCUGGAUGGAUGGCUAAGGGCAGAGUUGGAUACCCCAUUGUGAAGCCAGGGCCCAACUGUGGAUUUGGAAAAACUGGCAUUAUUGAUUAUGGGGUCCGUCUCAAUAGGAGUGAAAGAUGGGAUGCCUAUUGCUACAACCCACAUGCAAAGGAGUGUGGUGGUGUCUUUACAGAUCCAAAGCGAAUUUUUAAAUCUCCAGGCUUCCCAAAUGAGUAUGAAGAUAACCAAAUCUGUUACUGGCACAUUAGACUUAAGUAUGGUCAGCGUAUUCACCUGAGUUUUUUAAAUUUUGACCUUGAAGAUGACCCAGGCUGCUUGGCUGACUAUGUUGAAAUAUAUGACAGUUACGAUGAUGUCCAUGGCUUUGUGGGAAGAUACUGUGGAGAUCAGCUUCCAGAUGACAUUAUCAGUACAGGAAAUGUCAUGACCUUGAAGUUUCUAAGUGAUGCUUCAGUGACAGCUGGAGGUUUCCAAAUCAAAUAUGUUGCAGUGGAUCCUGUAUCCAAAUCCAGUCCAGGAAAAAAUACAAAUACUACUUCUACUGGAAAUAAAAACUUUUUAACUGGAAGAUUUAGUCACUUAUAAAAAAAGAAAAAUGAUGAUAAAAAAUAGAGUGUUUAUGUCUGAAUCUUUUGGAACUCUUUGAUCUCACUGUUAUUAUUGUUAACAUUUAUUUAUUAUUUUUCUAAAUGUGAAAGCAAUACAUAAUUUGGGGAAAAUUGGAAAAUACAGGAAACUUUAAAAGAGAAAAUGAAACCUCUUAUAAUCCCUCUGCAUAGGGAAUAACAAGCGUUAACAUUUUUAUAUUUUUUUCUUUCAGUCAUUUUUCUAUUUGUGGUAUAUGUAUAUAUGUGCCUAAUGUAUUUUUAUUUGAAAUUUUGGAAUCCUACUCUACAUAAAGUUUGAUAUCAUACUUUUUACAUCUUGGACUUUAUAAACAUUUUCUAAGAUCAUUGUAUAUUCUACAGAAACAUGAUUUUAAAUAGCUGUAAAAUAUUCUAUGAUAUGAAUGUUUCAUAUAUUAUUUAAGUCUGUCUCUAUUGUUGGAAUUUCAGGUUGUUUUCAUAAAUAUUGUUGCAAUAAAUAUCCUUGAACAC